UCGCGUCCGAGGACAGCGCAGGGUUCCAGCCAUGCCACGCUCAGCAGAUGCAGAAGAUGCUGCAGCAACAGCAGGUGGAAACGCCGCCGACGCCCGGUCGCGAGGUAGAGCAGACGCAGAUGCAGACCAGCGCGCGAAUGGCGGCUUGGGAGUAGCCCGCGUAGCACCCGUCGAGGAAGACAUGGAUGCAGUCGCAGCGGCAGCCGAAGCGGCAGCACACGCCGCCGAGGCGCGUGCACGCGGCCAGAUAGCACCAGAACCAGCGGCGCAGCCGCAUACACAGCUGCUCCACGUCCAGUUUGUUCCACCAGAGUCGGCAUCAGUGCAAGCGACCGCGUCGGACGAUGGCAUCGGCGACCUCGCUGCCAGCGGCCGAGGUCGUAGCAGCAACAGCGACGCGUUCUAUCCGCAUCUGCAGCAGCACAUUCGCGAUACGGUUAGCAGCAGCAGCAGCAGGAGCAACGACAAUAACAACGCCAACAACAUUGACGACAGUGCCGCCGACGACGUGCCCGUCCCGCCGCCAACUUGGGCUCAGCAGCUGGAGCACCAGCACCAGCUAGAGCAAGCAGAUGGGCACGCACCAGCAGAGUUACUCGAGGCGCUGCAGCCCGACGCGGCAAGGAUGUCCAGCCCGAUGCCAACGAACGGCAGACCCAAGAGCAAGGGCAAAGGCAACGCGAAAAUGAAAGCGAAUGCAAGGGCCAUCGCGGCUGAUGGUGCUGACGGCAGCAUCGCGGCUGCGGCAGCAGCAGCAGCAGGUGCAGCGGACCACGACGCAAGGGUAAUGACUACCACCGAAGCUGUAGCGAACACCAUGACCGACAAAGCUGUUGUUGCUGAAAAGAGCCGCAGUAAGUCAGCGCGUAGCAGCCGCCCGCCCCGCCACGGUCGCGGUCGUGGGAGCGGGAGUGGACGAAUCGGCCGCGGCGCGCGAAAGCUCCCGCCAGACGUCGCGCCGACGACGCUGCAGCACAUCCCGCUAGCGACGCAUGCGGCGCUCGCGGCGCUGCUCAGCGCUCAGCAUGCCGCCGUAGCACCUGUCGCUGCUGCGACAUUUGACGAGCCGGAACAGGCAGCGGAAGCCGUAGUGGCAGCGGCGGGCAGUAGCGGAGCGGGUGGAAACGUGCUCAACCCCGCGAGCAUUCUCAGCGCGCUGCCCAUCCCGCCGAACGCGACGCCCGCGCAGCGCGCGCUCAUCCUCCAGCAGGCCAUGCGCGCCCGGCUCGCCAGUGUCGGCGUCGGCUCCGGCGUGGGGGUUAGGGGUAGGGGCAGCGGGAAUGCGCCUACACCUGCAGCGAGCGCUGGUGGUGGUGGUGUUGGUGAAGAAGCGCAAGGCGAUCGGCCUGUCAUGGAAGAUACAGGGCCAGCGCCAGCACCAGCACCAGAGCCAGAGCCAGAACUAGAACUAGAACUAGAACCAGCGCCGUCGGCCACCGAGCAAGCCAUCGUCGCCGCCGUGGCGCCCGCUCCCAUACCGGGUGUGCCCGAGGCCGACGCGCCGGCGUGCGACCGGUGCCGGCUGCAGAAGCUCAAAUGCGACCGCGCGCAGCCGGUAUGCGGGCGCUGUGCGCGUCUGGGUAAAGCUGACGAGUGCACGCGUGUGCACGUGCUCAUGCGCCGCGGCCCUCCGACCAAGAUGCAGCGCGAGAUGAUGCGCGCGAGCGGCUUGCCAUACUCGACAUUCCGUGACCGCAUACGAGAGCGCCGUGAGGCGCGCGAGAAGGCCGAGCGCGAGGAGCGCGAGGGACAACAGGCGCAAGUGGAAGGCGCGCAGGAUCCGGCGCUAGCGCAGCAGGGCGCCAUUGCUGGCGAUCUGCUUCCACCGCAAGAGGACGGACACGGAGUGAUACAUGCGGGUGCUAGGAUCAACAGCGCUGACUCUGGCGCUGACGCCAACGCAAGUACCAUUGACAGUGCCAGUGCCAGCACCGACGCCCCGCCUCCAGCGCCUCCUGCUCCAGCUCCUGCUCCUACCCCCGUGCCGGACGCAGACGCGCCGUUCAACCCGGAUAACUACACAAACCUCGAGCCUGCCGCUGCACCCGCGUCCGGAGCAGCGGGCACGGUGCAGUUCGACCCAGAGCUGUAUGCGCAUCUCGUCCAGGCGGUUGAUUUUCAGCAACAACAAGAGCAAGGGCAAGGGCCAGAUGUGGACGGCGCCCAGUCUGCGCUCGAGAUCGACCCAGCUUUGCAGGGAGUCGGCGAGCAGCUCAUUGCAGGCGCGGGUGCGGUUACAGAAGCGGACGGCAGCACCACCACUGCGACCGCCACCAACGCGAGUUUGGAUAGCACGAGCACGAGCGCCGGCCAGGAAGUGCUCUCGCAUGCACAGCAGCUGGCGCAGGAGCAUCGCGCGAUGCAGGCGGCGCUGCUUUCCGCGCGCGAUGCGCCGAACGCGACGGCCGCGCAGCGCGAGAUCGCCACGCUCGCGCUCACCUUUGCACCCCCAGUCGGCGCAGGUGGUGUUGUUGCUCGCGGGCCUGUGUCGCGACGCCAGACAAAGGGAGGAGCGCGCACGCAGCGCCAGCCACCGCGCGACGACGCGAUCGAGGCGCUGCUCCUGCUGCGCGAUAGCCAGGGGGGUGGCGGACAGGGCGGCACAGGCAGCAGCGUUGCCGGUGGUGGAGGUGACGCCGCGGAUGAUUUCAUGAACAUCGACGGUGUAGAAAACGGAGAGGAGGCAGAUGAAAGCGAAGAGGCGAUGGUCGAGGCGCAAGCUGCUGCCUCGAACGCUUAUGUGGGCGCGAACGUGAACGCGAGCCUCAAGCGCAAAGCUGGCGAUGCUGCCAGUGGUGCUGCGACAGGCAAGAAGCACGCAACGAAGAGCGACUCACAGGGGGGCGCCACGCCAAACAUCAGCGAGCCGUUCACCGCAUCGCAGCAGCUGCUCGAAGAGGUGCUUGGCGACCAGCCCGAUUUCAGCGCCUGGGCGCUCGCACCGACGUCAUUCUUUGAGCUGAUCGACCAGUUUGCCACGGGGGCCGGGUCCGCCAGCACUGCAGCUGCGAAAGGAAAAGGCAAGGCGAAAGGCAAGGCCACUGGCGCAGGCGCCGCUCCCGGCCCCGGUGUCGUGUACGAUUUUGCGCCGCUUGCGUGGGUGCGCAUCACACCACUCGCGCCAAAGUUCAUCGAGGCGCUGCGCGCCAGCUCGGGCACGCACAGUACCGGCGCCCCGUCGCCUGCCGUCAAUUUACAGCUUGCCGAGUAUGCGCACGCGCAGCACGACCAGCGCCAGCAAGCGUCAUCAUCAUUGAGCUCGGGCUCGCUUUCGAGCGGCGUCAUGCACUCCAAUAGCGACCAAGCAACUUUCCGCACGCUCUUUACCAGCAGAGACGUCAAUGAUGUGGAUCCUGCUGCCGAAAAUCUGCUCAUUAUUUCCGCUGAUGGAUCUCUCAGCGUCCGUCCGGCCGGUCUGUGCGCCAAGAGCCUGGUCAGCCUGUACGCGACAGCCUGGUCGACCGUCGCGCCCACAGGUGCAGCAUCGUCGCCCGUCUGGUCUCGGAUGCUCGGCACUACCACUCAAGAGAAUACAAAUCCCGUCUGGCCGAUCGAAGUGCCGCUCGCAGAGGGGGCGUUUGCGCCGGUGCUUGCGGCCGCAUCGCAGAUCUGCGCGCUUCCUGUUGUGGCUUACCUCCUUGACCAUUAUUGUGCCUUUCACUACCCUCGCAUGCCAAUCCUCUUGCCGGCGACCAUCACCAAAUACUGGAACGAGAUAUGCAGUAGUGGCUCCGGGCGACCGGCAGACUGGACGCCCUCGCAGCUUCGUCUGCGCAUCGCGACACUUCUUUUGUUCGCGUGCGCUGCGUCGUGCACAAUCGACUGCGUCUGGGUGCACGUAAAGAAGGAGAAGGAAAAGGCACAUGCGUGGGAGUUUGGCUUCGAGACUCUCUUCAAGCUCGGCUGGGCGCUGCUCUAUCCCAGUGUGGAUGCCGAGCCGGUUGACGAGCUAGUCGCACUGUCGGCUUUUGCAGAGUGCACGCUCGGCGUCUGGCCACUGCAAUGUCAGGCGCACAUCGCAAGCAGGCAGUGCGACGUUCUCAAUGCUCGUGCCGCAGCAGCGUUUGCGUUUGGAACAGGCGAUGAGAACGAGCCGCUCGUUCGACGCAUCCUCGCCCAAGUCAACGACAGCGCCAUUCUCGCACAGUGUCAGCUCGGGCUUGUUUUGCCAUUUGCCGAUGCGCUCAGACCGUUAGCUCACGUCGACGAGAACAUACAGCCAAGCGUGCAUGCAGAGCUGGGCCAGUUGCGUGAUAUAUUCAACGAAGUCCUCACAACAGCGAUGUUGGACGGGUUGCCUGCAGCAGCAGCAACGAAGCUGGAAGCGGUGCAGACGCUGGAAGCGAUCGCGCAGAGCCUUUAUCUAAAGCUGGCAACAUGGGCCGCAAGCAGUCAAGCCUUCGACGUUGUGCGCGCCGCGCCAAAGCUGCUCGAUGUCGGACUCGCUCAGGCGGAGCAGGCACUUGGCUGCCGGGCUGUUGCGACAUAUUAUUUCAUCGUCGCCGUCGUCGCCGGCAGCUUGAAGGAUGCGGGCGCGCGCCUCGAGCUGCAGCACGCAUUCGUUCAACUGGCUUCUGCGGCGCGGGGGAGAUACGGCGGGGAACGGCUGCGCCCCAGCACGGACGACCGGAUCUCAGCGUGGCAAAGCCAGACGGGUGCAGACUCUCGGGCGUAUCGCCAAGCGUGGCUGUCGUAGCUGGCGAUUGUAAGUAAGGCAGAGCAGGGGGAAAUUACAUAUAUUUAUCCGCAG